CUGGGACGCUUAAAGCCCCAGGAGCGCAGCUGAGUUCACAAAGCGCUUGGGACGUCCCUCAGGAGUGACUGCCAGGCCCCUAAAUCACAACUGCCAAGGCACCGCUGUAUGUGACGCAAAUACACACUCCGAGUGUCCAGCGCGUGAUCCUGGGCUGGCAGCAAUGGCCAGAUGCCCGUGCCGCCCCCGGAACAUGCCGCAGCUGUCCGGCCACAAGUCAGGAUGAUGGCCUCAGCCGUGGCCGGCGGCGAUCGUGGGAAGUCGAUGACGCUGCGAGGAGUGGACCCCGAGACGUGCAUGAUCGUGUUUAAGAAUCACUGGGCGCAGGUGGUGAAGAUCCUGGAGAAACAUGAGCCGGGUCGCGGCGGCGCCAGCGCGCUGAGUUUCCUCUCCGGCCACGCCGGCGCCCGCCCCGGGUCCAUCCCACCCGACGAGGCCAGCGCCGUCCAGAACUACGUGGAACACAUGCUGUUCCUGCUCAUGGAGGAGGAGGCGGGUCAAGGAGGAGCGAUGGGUCCCAUUUUGGAGUUUGUGGUUCUGGAGGGUGUGAUGGAGCGCCUAUUCCUGUGGAGCUUGAGGAGACAGUUCACCGAGGACAUGAAACUGGAGCAGCUCAGGAUGUACCAGAUGCUCCUGACCCAGGCCCACCAGCCGCUCCUGCACCACAAGCCCCUGCUGCGGCCGCUCAUGACGCUGCUAGCCUCCUGCGGCGGCGCCGGCGCAGACACCGGCGGUCGCGUGGAAGCGGAGCUCGUCCUCCUGUUGAACCAGCUGUGCGGGGCUCUGGUGAAGGACCCCUCAGUGCUGGAACUGUUCUUCCACACCAGCGAAGACCAGGGCGCUGCCAACUUCCUGCUCUUCUCCCUGCUCAUCCCAUACACGCACAGACAAGGUCCGGUAGGUCAGCAGGCCCGAGAAGCUCUUCUGCUCAUCAUGUCGCUUUCGGCCUCCGAGCCUCGAGUGGCCCAGCACAUUGCGCAGAGCACGUACUUCUGCCCAGUUCUGGCCACGGGUCUUUCUGGCCUCUACUCGUCUCUGCCAGCCAGGUUGCAGGUCUACAGCGAAGACUGGCACUGUUUGGACCGGCCAGACUGGCAACAGGUAACUGACAACCGCAAGCUGAGAGUGCAACACCCUGAGGGGCGAGCAAAUGACACAAACAUUCUGGUGUUUCAACAGGUUCCUGCUCUUGUCCACUUUUUGCACUCGCUUGGCUUCUGCAGCGCCGUCACCAGCGUGACUCAUCCUUCCAUCCGCUCCCAGCUGCUGAGUUACAUCCACAAUGGCUUCUUGGUGCCCGUGUUGGCUCCUGCCCUGCAUAAGCUGACUGUGGAGGAGGUCAUGACGACCACAGCCUACCUGGACCUGUUCCUGCGCACCAUCUCUGAGCCCGCGCUCCUGCAGACCUUCCUGUCCUUCACCCUGCUGCACACCCACGACAAUGUGCACAUCCUGGACACUCUGGUCAGCAGAAUCAACACACCCUUCCAGCUGGGCACGGUGUCGCUGGCUCUGUUCAGGACACUCAUCGGUCUCUUCUGCGAGGACGUCAUGCUGCAGCUCGUCUUCAGGUUCUUGAUUGCUUGUAGCCACCUGAGCAGGAAGCAGCGGUCCUCCUUAACGCACAAGGCCUGGUGCUCCUCAAGCGCCGCCUCCUUCCUGCUCCUCUUGCCCUCCUGGUGCCCCGUCCACCUGACGAACGCAAACGGAGCCUCGGCGCGCAUCCACUGGCCCAAAGGAGCAGAUGUGUCGGUGGCUGACAGCGUUGGUUACUGGCGAGGCUCAGACUUCCUGAUGGAAGUCAACUACCUCCAUUACCUCUCGGACGCCCGACAGGCCAUCGCCGCCUCCAACAGGGCAUGUCAGCGGUGGUCGGCACCUUACGACGGCCACAAGCCGCCGCCUGCCCAAGACCGUUCUGGCACGGCGGACGGCACCAACGUGGACGACAGAGAACGGCGACUAAAGAGCAACUCCCCUGGCGCCUCCCCGGCCUCUUCCUCUGUGGACGUCGUCUCCAAGAGUCACCAGGCAGGAAGAGCCGGCUCUGCUCUGGAGCUGGAGUGGGAUGACCUUUUUGCAGAUGAGGAUCCGUCAUCGUUGGUCGGCAGCUCUGUCGCGCCUUUGCCAUCCUUACCUCCUCGCCACAUCCAGGAGAUGCGACGCAACGCCAUCAAGCUGGUGCAUGGCGCCUACGUGGAGGAGGGUGAAUUUGAGGAUGACGUUCUGGUCUACGAUCUGGUCGCGCAAAAAGACGCCAACGCUGCUAUUUUGGAAAGAAUGACUGCUGCAAAUCGACGAGCGCACGGAGGUGCCGUCCCCUCUGCGACAUCAGGCAGGACGGUACAUGAAACCGUUAACUGCAUCAUGUCGUCACGGAGGAUGAGCGAGGAUGGAGGAAAGGAGGAAAGAAGGAGUGAGGAUUACAGAAGCCAGUCGAGGGAGACGUGUGAGGACCUCAACGAUGGCAUUACUGACGUUUGUAAUGCAGACUGCGCACUGGACGCUCAAAAUCACAUUCCAUUCAAUGGGCAUCCGAUGUUGACAAGCGCAGACUCCACGUGUCAGCUGCCAAAUCUGCUCAACAACAAAGUUCAGCGUAACAAUGGCGACUUCCUGUCCCAGUACUAUGAGCUCAUGCGCUCUUUAGGGGCCGAGCCGGAGUGUGAAAACAUCCUGGACGACGUCUCCAACUUUAGGAGGCGCAUUCAAAAGCUGAAGCAAAGACUGGUAGAGGAGGAUUGUGGAGAGAGAGAGGAAAGAGAAGAGGAGACGAUGGAGGAGGAGAAGGAAGAAGAUAGGGAACGGCACAGUGUUCCAUUUACAGGGCCCUUUAUCAGUGUUCUGCUGUCCCGGCUGGAGAACCUUCUGGACAACUCCAUCGCUGUCAACCUGCUAGUGACCGGCAUCCUGGCUCAGCUGGCGUCGUACCCGCAACCUUUGCUGAGAGCGUUCCUGCUCGGCACACAAACACAUUGGCAGGCUGGUGUGUGUACACUGCACCAGGUGCUGGUGUCACUUCACGGCCAAAUCGAGCGCUACAUCCGAGCCCGACCAGAGUACCCCGCCUUGGUCACACAGGCGUGGAGGUUCUUGUUGGCAAAAGACCAGGACAGCAAGCUCAGAGAAAGCCUUCAGUCUCGGUGCAGCGAAGAUCCGGACCGCCCUCUUCCCAACGGCUCCGUGAGGAACUCUCUUGCAGCACCCCACCUCGGCCACUUGCCGGCCUGUCCCGCCAUCCCGCCCCAAGAUAAGAGCAGAGUGUUCGCCAUUGUCCUCUACGCAGAAUUCCUGAAGGAGCUGGCCGCCAUCGCCUUGGAGCAUAGCAUCGCUGCAGACUGGACCACAGAGGAGUAGAUCUGAAAAUGGCAUUUUAAAGAGUCAUUUUAUUUAUUUAUAUGUCCUGGAAGCCCUUGAAUUUUUGGACUCUGCAGCAAAAUGCGAAUAUGAUUCUAUUUAUGUUGAAUACAAGAACUGACCCUUCUUUUCAUUGUAUCUUUUGGAUUCAAAAUGUUUUUUCCCCCUAUAAAUCAUACAAUUAAAACAUUGAUGCUGUGAAUUAAAAUGAUAUGGCCAAAUGAGACGUGCCUGUACCUUUGUGGGGUCAGUUGCUUUUCUCGUUCUCCUUGGAUAAGUUUGGUGUGAACAACUUCUGCUUUCAUAUCCCAUUUGUGUCUUGCCCCAAUAUUUUAGUUUAGCUGAGAUGCUAAAGCUGAGAAUAUAACUUCUGUUGUGAAUUGGCGGUGCACAGGGGCGGACUAACGUGAGGCUCGGGGCCGCCAAAUACAGGGGAGGGGGCUGUGGCCCCGGGCAUCCAAACGGGCUUUGGUGGGCAUCUCUGAGUCCCUCCCAGAGGACCAAGCUUCUCUAAGUUAGACCCCAGAAAACCUGCAGGGAAAACUCCUUUCACUCACUUGUAUCCACGAUCUUGUUCUUUUGGUCAUGACCCACGGCUUGUGACCAUAGGUGAGGGAAGGAACCUAGACAGACCGCUAAUCCGCCCAUGGUGCUAUAUGAAUGAAAUUGACUUGAAUUGAUUUCAAGCGCUGGUUUUAGACUAAAGGAAAUGAUCUCAUGUUGGUGAGCAGAACGAGCGACUACAUCCUGUGUCUUUGCAGCCUUUGCUCACUUCCUGAAAGUGAGAUCGAAAGCGCGCUGCGAGCGUCGUGUGAUUCAAAAUAUAAGCUAUUAAACGGGCAGAGGAGCUUUCUGGGAAGGUUGCAUCUGACUGAGAUGUAAAGCUGCAUCGAUAUCUUGGUUCAACUGCAAC